AUGGCUUAUGGCAAGCUUACAUUCUCUGCAGAAGAAGUAGAGGAUUGGUUGGACUAUGAAAACUUCAGUUACUCAGCUUAUCAAGAAAACUUUAGUGACACAUGCUGUUUUGGCCAAGUGUGCGACAAAGAGAAGACGAUGCGUUUUGAUGCUGUGUUCAUCCCGGUGCUCUACACCCUGACUUUGCUUUUGGGUCUGCUGGGGAAUGGCUUAGUUCUGGCCAUUCUCUGCCAGAUGCGACGCGUCUGGAGCAUCACUGAUACCUUCAUUCUGCACCUAUCUGUGGCUGAUCUUCUCCUGCUCAUCACGCUGCCUUUCUGGGCUGCUGAAGCUGCCCAGGGCUGGGUCAUUGGAACUCCUCUCUGCAAGCUGAUGGGAGCCAUUUUCAAGAUCAACUUCUUCUGUGGCAUCUUCCUGCUCGCCUGCAUAAGUCUGGAUCGUUACCUGUCCAUUGUCCACGCCGUGCAGAUGUAUUCCCGUCGAAAGCCCUGGCAGGUGCAGGCCAGCUGUCUGUUCGUCUGGUUCUUCUGCCUCAUCCUAUCCAUCCCUGACUGGGUCUUCCUAGAGCAGAUGAAAGACGAACGAUUAGAAACUAGUAAGUGUAGCCACAACUAUCAAUUGUAUUUCAUCAAUGCCAGCAAUUGGCGCUUGGCCUCCCGUCUGCUCUACCACAUUGUGGGCUUCCUUAUCCCCUCUGUGGUCAUGGUCUUCUGCUACUCCUGUAUCCUGCUACGGCUUCACCGUGGCUCCCAGAGCAUCCAGAAACAGAGAGCCAUACGUGUGAUCCUGGUGCUAGUGGUGGCCUUUUUCAUCUGCUGGACACCUUUCAAUAUAACCCUCAUAGUAGAUACCCUACACACCAACGAUACAAUAAAUAGGACUUGUGAGAGCACCACAGCCUUGGACAUAUCCUUGACAGCCACGACCACCCUGGGCUACAUGCACUGCUGCCUGAACCCCAUACUCUAUGCAUUUGUCGGCGUCAAGUUCCGAAAUCAACUCCUGGAGAUGUUGAAGGCCCUGGGCUGCAGGCUGCAUGGGCAAUAUCGCAUGCCCUCACGGAAGAGCUCUGUGUGGUCUGAGUCUGGAGAUACUUCCUACACCUCUGCCUUCUGAUGGAUGCCUCUUACAUCACCAGGUCCUUUUUUUCAAUUGGCCGCAUGAUUUUUUUAAGGAUGGUGGAAAUGCAUGAUGGUGUUAUGCCAAAAAUCAAUCAGAAAAACAAUCAAAAGUGUAACAUGUAAUAAUGAAACUAGCAGAGAGUCGUCAUUUCUUGAGAAGGUGAGAGAGGGUGAUGAGGAAAACUGAUCAAAAAUCUGGAGGAAAACCAACAUAUGGAAUAAAUUUGCUAUUGUUUUGAGUGAUGGUGUCUACUAUAGAAUGCUAUCUCAUGAAAUGACUAUAUAUCAGAAACCAGAAGCCAAACAAGAAACUUUCAAAAUUUCGAUCAGAGAUGAUAUCUGGAUUUGGUUUCUUGUUAUAUAAUAAUAAUGCUAGUGUUGUUCACUGUGCUAAACAUAAUUUGCUCUGAAAAGGCUCCAUAGUACAGUCAUUAUUAAUCACAAGUGCUUCUAUUACAGAAUAAAUCAGUAAACUAGCAUUAUGUCAUUCUUGGUAAAGUAUUACUGGUCUGCUUUAAAACUAAAUACAUUUAUCUGAUGCUUUUGGUCAAAGCAAUUUACAGUAGAUGAGAAAGCUGUAGUUUAUUUGCAUUCUCAGGGAUUUGAGCCAAGGAAUUUGAGGCAAGGGAUUUUAGGUUACGAGCACAGCUUGCUACUUACUGAGCUACAAAUACAGCUGAGUUUAAUGUAUUUUCCACAGAUAAUCAUAGGAAUGUGCUUCUCUUUUCUGUUGCUUAUAUGGUUGUGUUUAAACUGAAAAUGAAGAUCCUCAUUUUUGAACGUCAGUGUGUACAGUAUUGUGUUCUUUUUUGUUAUUAUUCUAGGUACAGGAGAAAAUAUUAAUAGGAAUACAUUUCUGAAUUUUUAAUCACCUUAAAUUUGAAAGGUUGUCAUAAGUACGCUUUAUAUGCCAUCACAAUGUUUUGCUUUAGGGCUUGUGAAUGGUCCAUCCAUCCAUCUCCCAGCUUAUUAUCCUGGUCAGGUUCAUUGGGAGAGUUCAGCUUAUGCCAAACAGCAUAAGUAUGGAAAACACAACUGGGAAUUUAAAGACAUCAUUAGCCUAACUGCAUGUGUUUUGACUAUGGAAGGAAACCAAACCGCCCGGGGGAAAUCCACACAACACGGGGACAAUUGUGGGUUAAUAUUUCAGUCUUGAAUCUUUCACAAGUAUCGGUACCCAGCAGUGGGUUCGUGACUUGCGUUUUCCUAUAACUCAGCUCAGCAUACUGUAAGGACGUCGGUUAAAGUAAGUAAGAAAAGUCUCACUGAAAAUGAAAUAGACGAAAGAUCACUGAGAAGGUGAACGACAAAGAGACAAGGGAGGGCGUACAAACUGCCAUAAAUCUGGGAGUACCUCCAUCAAACUUUCUCCUUAGUAGCGAGGCAAAUUCAUCUGUGUCCUGCACGGAAAGGAAAUGUGUAGAUUUUUUUUUUUAUGAAGAACAACUGAAUUUCUCAGUUCCCUUCUUUACUUCGUCCACAGUGUAACCUGGGAGAAAUUAUGUAAAACCGGAACGACGGGGUGUAUUUUUGUCCGAACCACUCUUUAUUUACAACGCCUUAUUUUGGCGUUAUCUGAUCAUGUUUGGAAAAAACGGCUUAUUUGACUUGUAAUGGACACAUGGUAUAGGCUACAGAGUAUAAGAAUACGAAUGUUAUUUUAUUUUUUAUUUGUGUAAAUAUAAAAGAAAGCAACUUAAAUAAUUAAAUAGAUUAACGAAGGCAACUGCGGACUGUAAUUUCAGUUAACGGAGCCAAAAGUGUGUGGAAACGUUUUAGAACGUUUUAGAAUUAGUCAUUUGUCUCAUAGAAAUCGUUCAUUUCCAACUUGAAACUCUCAUCGGAGGUACUUAACGAAGUUAAUUCAGAUCGGCUGAAAAAAUGUAUAUGUUUUACUUAUUUAAAAUAGAAGAUCUGAAAAUAAACACAAUCACUUGUGUUUCGAUGCAUAUUUGUUAUCUACGCUCUAUGUAGCCUUACAAAUUGAUUACGCGUAAAACGCAGAAACGUUUUAACACGGUUUAUCCUCUUUGGUAUGCACUUUCUAACUCUUUUUUACAAUUUAUGUUCUUGUGAAUAUUUUCACUUUUUUACAUUUUGCAAUUUUUUAACAUGAGAGAUUUAAUUUGUUUUGGUGAAAAUACAUUUGCGAUUUAGUCUAUGUUUUAGUUUUAUAUGUUCAGAUUUUUUUUAUACGUCAUACAUAUUUGGCUUUUUCCUUAAUAAAGGCUCGAGGUAAUGUC